AUUACAGUAGACGUCCGACCAUACCUGAGCCCAUCCACCGUAAAAUAAGCGGCGAAUCGCCAUGGUUGUGCUUUUAAACCCAUCUCACUUCCCUCUGUGUUCACUCUGCCCUCUCUCCGUUAGUAAACGUGCGCGAAUCCCUUCCCUCUUCGCAACCAAUCUCUCUGUUACUUCGAUGGCGUCUUCUCAGCGAAAGCAUGAUCAUAGGUAAUGGUUCCAAUUGCGAAUGGCACAGAGGAGAUGGAGGCGGUUAUCAUUGUAGAUGUUUUGAGGAGAGCUGGGUCUGAUGUGGUCGUUGCUUCUGUUGAGAAGGAGCUUCAGAUUGAGGCAUCUCGCAAAGUCAAGAUUGUUGCGGAUGCUUUUGUCUCUGAUUGUACCGAAAAUUCUUUCGAUCUCAUCGCCUUACCUGGAGGAAUGCCAGGUGCUAGUUCACUUCGUGAUUGCCAAGCUUUAGAAAGUAUUGUUAAGAAACAUGCAGCUGAAGGGAGGCUUUAUGGUGCUAUUUGUGCUGCCCCAGCUGUAGCACUUGACUCAUGGGGUUUACUGAAGGGAUUGAAAGCAACCUGUCAUCCUUCAUUUAUGGAUAAGUUAUCAACUGCAGUGCCAGUUAAAUCAAGGGUUCAGCAAGAUGGGCGGGUAGUUACAAGUCGUGGACCAGGCACUGCAAUGGAGUUCUCUUUACUCUUGGUGGAGCAGUUGUAUGGCAAAGAAAAAGCUGAAGAAGUAGCAGACCCAAUGGUGAUGCGUCCAUGUUCUGCAAGCAAUCUUACACUGCAUGAAGUGAAUGCAAUAGACUGGUCAGUUGGGAAAACUCCUCAGAUUCUUGUACCAAUUGCAAAUGGGUCAGAAGAGAUGGAAGCUGUCAUGAUCAUUGAUAUCCUGCGGAGAGCUGGUGCUAGCGUGGUUGUUGCAUCUGUGGAAGAUAAGUUGGAAAUCGUGGCUUCUAGAAAGGUGAAAUUAGUGGCCGAUAUGCUUCUUGAGGAGGCUGCUAAGUUACCCUUUGAUCUAAUUGUCUUACCUGGGGGACUUGUAGGAGCACAAGCAUUUGCAAAUUCUGAUAUGCUGAUAAACCUACUAAAGAAGCAGGUAGAAUCAAAUAAACCAUAUGGGGCAAUAUGUGCGUCACCUGCAUUAGUCUUAGAGGCUCAUGGUUUACUCAAGGGGAAGAAGGCCACCGCAUAUCCAGCCUUGUGCGAUAAGCUCACUGAUCAAAGUGCAGUUGUGAAUAGAGUAGUGGUGGAUGGAAACCUAAUCACGAGUAGAGGUCCUGGGACAUCCAUGGAGUUCGCAUUGGCUAUUGUCAAGAAGUUAUUUGGGUGUGACAAAGCAUUGGCUAUUGCCGAGCCCAUGGUUUUCUUUUGAAAGAUGGCUUGAUCCACUGGCGAGGAAAGUCUAAAAGAUUUUGCUUUUACUGGUGCAGAUGAUACAUCAUAUGAGUUUUGGUCUCUCUCGUCUAGAUCAUACGAGUAAUAACUAUCAUGGACGUUUUGGUCUCUGUCGUGUACAUUAUAUCAUGUAAAUUUGGUCUCCCUCGCGUAGAUUAUAUCAUGUGAAUUGGACGUGGUUAACCUCAACGAUGUUUACUCACCCAAAAAACAAAGAAAACCGUUCUGCACGUUUUA